UAACUUGCAGAGUUUCCGCGUCCUGUGACUGUAGUCAGGUGGUUCCCCCGCUUCGCUUUUUCUCUCGCCCCCUCCCGUCUGUAGUAGGGACACCUUCCCGCCGAAGGCAGAAGUGGGACAAAGAAAGUUUCUUCGGUACUACAGGCAGGGAGGCCGCCGGGAAGCGACUGUGCAGCCAGGCAGCCUUUCCCCGCUCCCGCCUGUCUCGGGGGGUCCUCUGAGAGGAUGAGAAGCGACUGGGGGGGUUGCAGGCAGCAGGCAACAUGAGGAUGGCUGGAGGGGAGCGAAGCGGCGGGGGUUCCACCGGAGCGGCGGAAUGCCGGGAACAUCUCUUCAAGAUCCUGGUCAUUGGUGAGCUGGGCGUGGGCAAGACGAGUAUCAUCAAGCGUUACGUCCACCAGCUCUUCUCCCAGCAUUACCGGGCUACUAUCGGCGUAGACUUCGCCCUCAAAGUCCUCAACUGGGACAACAAUACGCUGGUGCGGCUACAGCUUUGGGAUAUCGCAGGUCAAGAACGUUUUGGCAAUAUGACCAGAGUGUAUUAUAAAGAAGCUGUAGGUGCUCUUGUUGUCUUUGAUGUUACAAGAGGCUCAACAUUUGAUGCAGUUUGCAAGUGGAAACAUGAUUUGGACAGUAAAGUGCUUCUCCCAAAUGGUAACCCUGUCCCUGCAGUUCUCCUUGCCAACAAAUGUGACCAGAAAAAAGAUGGUGGGCAGAAUCUUUCCUCAAUGGAUCAGUUCUGCAAAGAUGGAGGUUUUGUUGGGUGGUUUGAAACCUCUGCAAAGGACAAUAUCAACAUUGACGAAGCCACUCGGUUCCUGGUGGAACACAUCCUUGCAAAUCUCAAAACCUUCCCUAGUGAAGAGAAUGAUGUAGGGCACAUAAAGCUGGACCCGGAUCCACUGAAAGCAGAAAGUAGAUCACAGUGCUGUUAAUAGGACUGUAAUGCGUCACUGGCAUAAAUUGAGAGCGGCUCCUCUCAUCUGGCUGCUGCUAUGGUGCUGAAUCACAACUAUUCUAGUGGGAUAUUGAUCACAAUCCAGGGUGUUUACACACUUCUUUUUUUUUUUUCUUGUCAAGUAGGACUUCAAGUAAUUUUGUUUAUGUUUUCAUUUUGGUUAUGAACCGGAACUGUCUAGUAGCACAAUCAAAAGAUGGGCACAGACAAAAAGAGGGUAAUUUUUCAUCACAAGUGUUGGCAUGAGAGGCUCAGCCUUGAUAUUUUCUUCUGUGCUGUGCAGCUUCAGAAAUAGAACAGGAAUGUUGGUCUGAAUGAAAGUGUUCAUUCUGAUAAGCAUUUUUUAUCGUCCCUUUAAUAUAUGUAACAAUCUGCUAUGGCUGGCAUUUGUCUGCUGUUCCUCUUCAAUACCAACCUCUUUAUUUGACAUCAAGACCACAGAACCUUAGAUGCUUAACAGCCAAAAUUCACAGUUUCUGAAUAUUGUAAUAUUGAUAUGCAAUAGCAUGUAUUCCUAAUUCAUGGUGUACUUCAAAUGUAGAAAAAGACUAAUUCUUUGAAAAGAAGAUGAAGCUGGUGGAAAGGGAGUGUUGUUGACGUUUCCCACCAGAUUAUAAAUUACUAACUCAUCUCUGACUUCUGCAAGUAUCCUAGAAAGUUUAAGAAGUCCUAUUCUGCAUAUCGAAACCUUUUAAAGACCAGUCAACUGUUAUUGCACAGGUAUCAUCUUUGGCUAAAUACUUAUGAUGGGCUGGAGUGAAUCAUGGAAUUGAUUACUGAUUGUUUUAGGAAACAGAGGGGGAGACACAGAAAGCUGCUUCUAGUCUUGUAAUUUGUAGGUAUUCAUACUAAUGCAGUCCUUCUUCAUCAUGCUGCUUUUGUACUCCCUGUCUCUUGCCACUUUUAACUGUUUUUAACACAAGGACUCUGACUUGAUAAGGGUGUUACAUUUCAUGUGCUAGUACAAUUUGCAAACCUGUAUGUAAUCUAAAAUGGUGUAAAAGUAGGAAAAUGGUGUGGAGUGUUAAUCUUGUUCUUGAAAAAGUUACAUUGACCACUUGCUGAUAGUGCUUAUGAUUAUUUGGGAUAUAAUUUCUGGGGGGGGGGGGACUAGAGUCACUCUCAUUGUACAUUAUAGCAUAAACUACUUGGAAUACUAUAUCGUCCUCAGCACUUGGUCUGCCGUAGUAAGCCAGCUGCCAUGAAUUCUAAAAUACUUUCUUUUAGCCUAACGUUCUUAAGGCUUAAACUAGGUCAUAAAUCCUUGUUAAGUGCCCAGAAUUAGAUUUGUUAAGAUUUCUGAUGUCAGAAAUUUUUUAUAGUGCAUAUGCACAGAUCUACAGUUUUUAUAAGAUAUAUUAAGGCACUUUGUCACUUAAUUACAGAUCCAACAAGCAUCUCCUUUAUUCCCCCACCCAUUCUAACCUGUGCUAAUGUUGUUGAAAUCAUAAACACUUCUAACUUAAUUGUUCCAAAACGUCUGUCAACCUAAAUAUUUGGAAUGCUUUUUGAUCUUUGGAUCCAAACACUGAACUGAG